AUGGGUUUGAAAAACAAUGCAAAAGACAUUCAACUUCGUUUGUUGAGAAUGUUUCAUGUUUCAGUUGAUUCUAGUUACAAGUUUCUACACAGACAUCCAAUAUUUUCAUGUCUUUUAUUGGUUUUUUCUAUUUUCUAUAUUUUCCUUUCAUACAUUUACACAUUCUUAGGUUACAUGUCACCUUUUCUUAUAUGUGGUGCAAUAUUCUUGAGAAUCUUUUGGAGUUCUGAGAAAACACAACUAAGAUAUGCGAAAAUCGGAGAGAAAAAAGAAGAGGAACAGAUUAAAGUUGAACCGAAAAUUCUACCACCAAAGAUACCGAUACCGAUACCGAUACCGAGCAUUAUAGGUAGACAUGAGCAAAUUCUAUUCAAGUAUCCGUCGCAAAAUGCGACGAGUAGAAGGAGAAAUUUUAGGGAGAGGAAAUGGGAUGUGUAUGGCGGAUUAGAAGAAAAGGCGAAAGAUUUAUCGGAAGUUUUUCAAAAUGAGUACACUAAUAAAAGACACAUUGGACCUUUUAAGAGAGGAGAGAGUUCUCUGUAUUAUGGUUUAUCAUCGGGUAGAAGAACUCAUCACGCGGUUAAGAGAUCAUUAAGACCCGAGCCUUCGAUGGCUGAUCUUGUCGAAUGUGGCGAUACGGAAAUGGAGAUAGAAAAGAUGGAGGACGAGGAAGACGAAGAGGAUGUGAAGAAUACUAUUGAAUGGACAGAAAAUGAUCAGAAGAAUCUUAUGGAUGUUGGAAAUUCUGAGAUAGAGAGAAACAAAAGGCUUGAGAAUCUUAUAGCUAGAAGAAGAGCAAGUAAAUUGUUGAAGUUGCAAGUUGAGAAUGGUUUGGUGGAUAAGAAAUCAAUGACACCGAGUUCGAUGAAACCGUUGGUUGUUAACAGAGAGAGUUGUGAUAUUGAUGAUUUAGAAAUGCCUGGUUCUGCUCCUUCUGUUAUGCCAAGGAGUCCUUAUGAUAUUCCUUAUGAUCCUUAUGAGGAGAAACCGAAUCUUACAAGUGGUGGUUUUCUUAAAGAUUUUCAGAAGGAUGUGCUUUUUAGUAGGCAUGAGAGUUUUAGUUUAGGUUCAAAUCUUUCAUCAGAAAUGAAACAUGAUUAUGGAACUAGAGAGAGUCAUUCUUUUCAUGGGAGGAAAGUGUCAGAUAAACAUUCUUUCUCAAGAUUUAGAAGGCCUUAUGCAGAUAAAGGAAAUCAUGACUGGCUAAUUGAGCAGUUGAUCGACAAUGGUGGGGCUGAAGAACGAAUUCGAGAACCAAAACCACUAAACAAAGGAAAGGAAACAAAACUCGAAAACGAUGAAAAAUGUAAAACUCAUAUAGAUGACACAAAAACCAUGUCAUUUCAAUCAGGUGAAUCAGGCUCAACUGUUCCAAACAUCUCACACAUUGAAACUAAAACUGUUUCACAAAAACCAGUGACAGGGCUGGCGUCAAGGUUUUCGAAGUCUCACGAGAGGCUCCUUAGUUUACCGGUUUCUUUUACCGAUACAAAAACUACACACGAAUCUAUGUGUGACAUCGUUCCGUCGCCAGUUGACAAGAGACAAGAAACUAUGUUCUCAAGCGAUCGACGACUUUGUCAUACACCAACAUACUCCAUAGCUUCUGAUUUACAAGUGGAAGUUUCUGAAGUUGGUUCGCCUUCAUCGACAGUGGAUGAUAAUGGUGACACCAAUUCAUCAAGUGAUAGAGAUAGAGAUUCUAUGUUAUAUGAUGGAGAUAUUGACAGAGAUAUUAGUUCUGGCAGUGAAGAUUUGUGGGGAGCUUCUUUCCAUGGAAAAGGCGGAGUUAAAACCGAAGAGAAUAACAACGGCGAAGAUACAAAUAACAGCUUAAAGGAAGUUGCUUCGCCUAUUUCUUUACGACAAAUAGAUGAAGAAGAUGUAGCUGAUGUUAGUUCGUAUUCGUCAAGAGACGAAGGACCUGAUGAUACUCCAACUUGCUGUGUAGUAAACACUGAUCAUAAUGUUUUCGGAAAUUAUUCGAAAUUUUCUAGGGGGAAUUCGUCUUAUGAUACAAUAUCUCAGAAUCAGUUGAUAGGUAGCCCUAUGGAUCAAAUAUCGGAAGAGAUUUCGAUUAAUGAGUCGCAUGUUGUCAAUGGGGUGAAUAACUUGGCAAGGACGGAACAAGGUAAUAGAGAGAACUCGACAAGUAGCGAAGAUCCUGGUAAUAGUCCACCAGUUGUAAGGCAAGAAUCACUUGAUGAAGGCUCUAAUGAAUCGAUUUCGUCAUCACCAAGGUCUGUAUUACCAGACAAGACCGUAUCCGAUGAAGCUGCGUCUCCGUCUUUUAAUCAACAGAUGGAUAUAGAUACUCCACGAUCUAUCGUCGAGGAUAUAGGUACUCCACGAUCUAUCGUCGAGGAUAUGACACAAGAAACAUUGAAUGAAGAUGAACAUUCACAUGACAACAUGGCUCAAAGUAUUCAAACUUUGGUGGAUGAGAUAACUGAUGAAUCACAUGAUGUUGAUUUCAAUCAUUUCCAGGAGCAAACAAACAACAUGGAGAGUUCAAUUGAUGAAUCAAAUAUUCCUAGAAACACGAAUGAUGAAGAAAUCGAAAGAAAGGAACAACGAGACGAGUUAACUAAUGGCGAAAGUAGUGAAGAAAAUUCUUCACACCAAAUCAACCAAGAGGCUACUUCAGAAUCCAUCAAACAAAUAAAUAUGAUGGAAACUAUGGAUGAAGAAGAAUCAAAAGUUUUAGCUGAUGACAAAGUUCCGUCAACAGAGGUGGUUGAAGAAGAUAAAAAUGAACCAUUAGCAGUAGCAAAUGGUAACAUCAACGAGGAGUUUCCGCAACCACAGGUCAUCGAUUCGACGGUUCGCGACAAGGAAACAACCGAGGGUCAUACGGAGGAUUCAUGAAAGACUUAAUGGAAAAGAAAGAGGAUUGAAAGACUAAAGUAAAGUUGCA